UGCUCUGUUCAUCUGCUCCACUGUCUCUACAGUGUGCUUUCAAUGACCUUAAUUUUCUCGGAUCAAAAGUAAACUCCUUUCCAGUUUUGCCACGUUCCCCUUUCUACUCUUUCUCCUCGUCUUCUCAUCUUCAUCUUCAUAAAGCAACCUAAACUUGAACAAACUUUUAAAGUUGCACUAGUAGUUAACUACCUCAGAGCAGAAACAGAGAACCCUCUUCAGCUAUGGCAAAUCGCCUUUUUACGUGGGCUUUCAUUAUAAUUUUCUUCUUCCAACUAAAUCAUCUCUCAAGGUCAGAAUCAUUUAUCGGCAUAAAUUACGGCCAAGUAGCAGAUAAUCUCCCGUCCCCUGAUGCUACGGCUAAGAUGCUGCAGUCUACUUCAAUAGAGAAAGUUCGGCUGUACGGGGCAGACCCGGCUAUUAUCAAAGCAUUCGCCAAUACAGGAAUCGGAAUCAUGAUUGGAGUUUCCAACGGCGACAUCCCGGCGAUGGCUACGGACCCCAGCUUUGCUAAAAAUUGGGUUAAUUCUAAUGUUAGUCCGUUCUAUCCGGCGAGCAAGAUUGUUCACAUCAAUAUUGGCAACGAGGUGCUGUUAUCCGGUGACCGGAAUCUGAUGACUCAGCUGUUGCCGGCGAUGCAGAAUCUUCAAAAUGCCUUAAAUUCAGCUUCCUUAAAUGGAAAGAUUAAGGUGUCCACGGUUCAUUCCAUGGCUGUAUUGAGGCAGUCUGAUCCGCCGUCUUCUGGCUCCUUUGAUCCCAGCUUCGGUGACUUGAUGAAAGGCUUAUUGGAGUUCAAUAAUGCCACUGGUUCACCUUUGGUGAUCAACCCUUAUCCUUUCUUUGCGUACCAGAGUGAUCCCAGGCCCGAGACCCUGGCUUUCUGCUUGUUUCAGCCUAACUCGGGCCGGGUUGAUUCAGGCACCAAGAUCAAGUACACAAACAUGUUUGAUGCUCAGGUGGAUGCUGUUAGAUCUGCCUUAAAUGCUAUGGGUUUCAAAGGAGUUGAGAUUUUGGUAGCUGAGACUGGUUGGCCAUAUAAGGGUGACAGCAAUGAGGUUGGCCCGAGUUUAGAGAAUGCCAAGGCUUACAAUGGCAACUUGAUUGCACACCUAAAGUCUAUGGUCGGAACACCAUUGAUGCCCGGAAAAUCAGUUGAUACAUAUCUUUUUGCAUUGUACGAUGAAGAUUUGAAGCCUGGACCGGGUUCAGAGCGAGCAUUUGGGCUUUUCAAGCUGGAUAUGACAAUGAAUUAUGAUGCAGGAUUUUCGAAGACCAGUCAGGCUCCUUCAAAUGCAAAGAAUCCUGCAACUCCUACAAUUCCUACAACUCCAGCACCAAAGGCGAAGAAGACUGUCUGGUGUGUGCCUAAGGCCGGGGUGUCAGAUGCCCAGUUGCAGGCAAAUUUGGAUUAUGCUUGUAGUCAUGGAACAGAUUGCAGUUCAAUUCAACCUGGUGGGGCUUGUUUUGAGCCAAAUACUGUAGCAUCACAUGCCACCUAUGCUAUGAACCAGCUGUACCAAACUGCCGGCAGAAAUCCAUGGGAUUGUGAUUUUUCACAGACUGCCACCCUCUCAACCACUAAUCCUAGCUACAAUGCUUGUCAAUAUCCUGGUGGAGAGGCCUAAGAGUCCAGAGGAAUCCAAUUCAGUUGUUGUAGCUGCUUUUGAGCAAUGGUGACUAGCACAGAAAUUCUGAUUCUUGGGUUAGUGGCUUGAGGUAUAGUAUUUGGUUUGGAGUGGAAUGAGAGUCCCACGGUUCUAGUAUGGGUAUCUGCGUGGGGAAGGAAUCUGCCUGAUAAUUGUAAUUUGUAAAGGCUCGACUUGCCUAAUAUGUUGUUGCCCUGCUUGUGCUGUAGUUCACUGUUUCAAUAUUUAUGUGGAAUAGAUUUCUUUACAUCUACUAUAUAUAUCAGAAAUUUGCACCCUGUAAAA